AUGUCGAGAAAAUUCAUGGAUAAUUUCUUGAAAAGGAAAGUGCCAAAUGGCGUUAAUAAUGUUGGGAGUUCUCGACCUUCUCGUCUACGUCAAGAACCUAACAGUGUUAGGAAUUCUGCUCGAGAGGAUAUCAGUUGGGAGGAGAUUCAAUUUGAUCCGAGCAAAAGGAAAGCAAUAGAUGAGUACCAUUCUAAUCACAGAGAAAAGCAAGAAUUAGCUUUUCGUGGACAUGAUGAGUCCAAGAAUUCCUCCAACAAAGGGAACUUCAGGGAAUUUGUUGACUGUCUAGCGGAGCAUGAUCGAGCUUUAGCCAAGGCAGUGACCCAAGAUACUGCAGAAAUUGGACAUGAUGUGUUCUGCUUGCUUGUCGAUGAAUCUAGAGAUAUUUCUUGCAAAGAACAAAUGGAAGUAGUCUUAGGAUAUGUUGAUAGAUGCGGACAUGUGAAAGAGAGCUUUGUUGGCCUUGUUCACGUCACAGACACUUCUUUCAACCUCAAGUCUUGUAUUGAUGCUCUCUUUGCAAAAUAUAAGCUAAGCUUGAAGCAAGUAAGAGGCCAAGGAUACAAUGGUGCUAAUAAUAUGCGAGGGCAUGGGGUCUUCUAUUGGCUAAUUCGAGAGCUUGAUAGUCGCUUCAAUGAAACAUCCUCUCAAUUGCUUAUUUGCUCGGCUGCUUUCAAUCCAAGAGAUUCCUUUCAUGAUUUCAAUGUGGAGACGUUGAUGAGUCUAGCUAAAGUAUAUCCCAAUGAUUUUGAUUCUAUGAAAUUGAGGGAACUUGACCAUCAUCUUUGCCUUUAUAUCGCGGAUGUGUGA